ACGCUUGUACUUCCGGGUUGGUGGAUGUAAACAGAAGGACGUUCCGCCUCUGGAGACAGCAGCAGCAGAAAACAUGACCAAACUGGAGCUGUUGAACGUGUUUCUAAACGACAGGCUGACCGCAGCGGCACAGGAGAUUUUUCGCGCCGUUAAAGAUACAGUGGCCGAGUAUCAGAGCGAAAUCCUCCGGUCAAAGGAGGAGAACGAGCGGCUCAAACGGCUCCUCAACGUCGCCGUCCAGCGGCUCCUUCUGCAGCCAGGUGAGGACUGUGAGGCUGCGGCGGCUGUCAGUGAGCCUCACUCCAUCCAUCCUCCAGAGGACAUUCAGCCAUGUGAGCCUGAGCGGAGAAGCAGCCUGGAGCUGCUGCCACAAAUUAAAGAAGAGCCAAAACUCAGAAACCUGCAGACAGAUUGUUCACAAGCAGAGAGAGACUCAGAGGAAGGAAACUGUAGUCACAUCGAGCCACUGCAAAGAUCAGAGACUCCGCCAGCCCAGACUGUAUGUAGCAGAGUUAGUGUUUCUCCUCCUCCAGUGACAUCCCAGGAGGUUAAAGCAGAGGAAGACAGCAGAAAACAGCAGCCAGUACACAGCUUACCUUCUCCUGUGACUGUUUAUUCAAACUGCAGAGCAGCUGAGAGCAUGGCAAAGAGUCACCGCACUCAGAAAACAGAGCAGCAGGUGAGAGGGUUACUUCGCUCCAAUGGGAAACAGAGCUCACACAUACUGCAGAUAAAGAACGUGAGAUCCAUGAAGCCGCCUCCGCCUCGCUCCUCUCACCCGAGCCAGAGCGUGCAGAGGUGGCACAGCUGCAAAGAGUGUGGGAAAGGUUUCAGCUUCGCCUGUCAGCUGGAGGUGCACAUGCGCUGGCACACCAAGGAGAAACCGUACAGCUGUGCGGUGUGCAGGAAGAGCUUCACCACGGUCAGCAUGCUGAAGCGACACCACCGCAUCCACACGGGGGAGAAACCUUUCAGCUGCCACGUCUGCGGGAAAUGCUUCAACCAGUCGGCCCACCUCAACACGCACUUCAGGCUCCACACCAGAGAGAGGGCGGGCUGGAACCGAGCACUGCACUCCAAAUAAAGCACACCGGCCUGACAAUGUGUAAACUCAGAAUAUUUAAAAUGUCAGGUUCAAACAGUGUACAGUUCUGUGUUUGACUGUGUCUGUUGAAUGUUGUGCAAUAAAGUGUGGUACUUCAA